CUUCCCAUAAUGCACUCCCCGUCCAUCAGCGGGAAAGCAAAAUGGCGAAUAUUCAGGGAACGUUUGUUAUCUUGUGAAGAAGGCACGAGCCCCGCAAGUUUCCGUGAUAUACUUUGAAAUAAAUUCAACGAGAGAAGAAACCGGAGAGCAGCGGCCGUUCCUGUUUAGUUAUUUUGUCGUACGAGUCGUUUGUAGAAGCGGAGGUGACCGAAUGAGAGACUCAGGGGUUGUGGAUCACCUGUCUGUCCAUCACAGAGCUCUCCCCCAGCGGCAGCAGAAGGCUGUGUCCCCUCCCCCCAAACAACUCUCUGCUCUGGGAGAGUAUGGGGAGGACAGCAUGUCUGACCGGUUCACAGAGGGACAGGUCGUCUUGGCCCGGUGGUCAGAUGGUUUGUCCUACUUGGGGAAAGUCAACAAGAUAGAUCGGGACAAGCAGCGAUGCUUUGUGCUUUUUGAGGAUCAUUCAAAGUCGUGGGUUCUGUGGAAGGAUAUUCAGACAGAGAACGAAGGUGAUGAUGAGGAUGACGACGAUGACAUUGUGUGCUCUAUCUGCCAGGAUGAAACUUCAGAUGAACCCAAUGAAAUUGUCAUUUGUGACAAUUGUGGACAAGGCUACCAUCAGCUGUGCCACACCCCCAUCAUCGAUGCCGCGGUUGUUGACUCAAAAGACAAGUGGAUCUGCUCAGAGUGCGAGCUCGCUUCUAUGCCUAAGAGGGGUGGUGUCCAUGUGAGGGGAACGUCUACUAAAGCUUUUCCGCAGCACGAACAGCAGCAGCAUGUGGUGCUGCACCUGUCCUUCCCAUAUGCUCUGGACAAACUGGAUUGGGACCCGGACCACAGGACUAACAUCCAGCAGUGCUACUGCUACUGUGGAGGUCCAGGAGACUGGUUUCUGAAGAUGCUGCAGUGUAACAGUUGUCUGCAGUGGUUUCAUGAGGCGUGUCUACAUUGCUUACAGAUGCCCAUGCUCAACGGAGAUAGGUUUUAUCAGUUCAUUUGUUCCGUUUGUCGUCGUGGACCGGAGUGCCUCAGGCGACUGCCUCUCAGAUGGGAGGAUGUCACACACCUGAGUUUGUUCAACUUGAGUGUGAUCCACAAGAAGAAGUACUUUGACUCUGAGAUGGACCUGAUGGCUUACAUCAACGAUAACUGGGAUCUGCUGCAGCUGGGGGAGCUCGCCAACACUCCCAGAUCAGAGCGAUAUGAAAAUGUUCUGGAGGCAUUAAACAACAACAGCAACAUGUUCAUGUCGGGGAAGGAGGUGAAGAAAAAGAAGCACUUGUUUGGGCUGAGGGUCCGUGUCCCUCCUACUCCCCCCAAUUCUCAUGAGCCGACCAGCAGAGCGCUGGAGAGGGCUUCACAUGAGAUCACCAUCAAGGGCUGCAAGUCCACCAAGGCGCUAUCUGGCAUUAGAGCGUGCGGCAAUUUAACCAAUGGCACAGAGAAGAAGAAGAAGAAGAAAAAGGGGAAGCAAGGAGCUCGUUCUCUGGCUAAACCACAACGCGGUGAACUCUUGCCCCAGGAAGUAAGAAAGUCUCUACCACUAGAGCCCCACACAUUGGAUCACUUAACCUCUAUCAAGAGUGAGAGGUCUCUGCUGUCUUCAAGAACCUCAGAUGUGGAAUCCAUAGGAGCCCUGAGCACCACAGAAACUACCUCAACUAGCAUUUCAAGACAGUCAAGCCUCUGCAGCUCUAGCAAGACACACACGACAGCCUGCACCAUGCCUGUUUCUGCUCCACCCUUAAAAAGGAAACGCGGGCGGCCUCGAAGGGCCCUGCAGCCCCCCAACCCAGAGAUCCCCCCUCCUAGCCACGCAGACCCAAACCCCUCAGCGACGGAGAUGCUGAGCCCGCUCCCUGGGCUUCACUCCACAGACAUAGUUCACAGCAUGGACCCCAGCAGCCAGCUCUCCCACCUCAAGAGCUCCAUCAGCAGCUAUUUCGGAGCAGCAGGGCGGCUGGCUUGUGGGGAAAAAUACAAAGUCCUGGCGAGACGGGUCACCCUUGACGGCAAGGUGCAGUACCUGGUGGAGUGGGAAGGAGUCACUGCCUCGUAGGCCUGUCAUCGCCAUCAUCACUUCUAACUUUUAACCUGCGCCUGCAAGACGUCUCUGGCUGUGCUAAGGACACAUGUGUGCACAGCCUGUGUGCAGAGCAUUAAUAGUUAUAUGCCUUUGUUUAGUUUAGACAGGAGCAAGUUUUGCCUGUUCGGCUCACUGCAAAGCCUUCUGGUCCAGUGCACAUUGAAACAUGUCUUUUCCUCCUGUGCUUAAAGACUCACUGAUAAAGACGACGAGGCACUGUCAUUGUACCACAGCGUGUUUGUGUUACUCUGCUUUUAAUUUUCAUUAUUUGCUUUGAAUGUUUACAGCAACCCCCCCUCCCCAUAUUCAGGGGCAAAUAACUGAUCGGUGCACUGCAUCUGUCGGCUUUCAGUGAAUCGUCAUUGUACUUAAUUUCUAAUCCAGUGAUAUGCUUUUCAUUUCCAGACCAGUUAUGUUUGAAAUUGUGUUUUUGACAGAAUGUAGUUGGUCAGGCAUAAAAUGGUAAAUCUUGGAGGGUAAGAGAAAGAGGGGAUGCUUUGUUGAAAGAUUGAUUAACAUUUAUUUUCUCACCAAUUGGGUUAGGAAACACGUGUCCAUUUGCGACAUUGUCCCCUCCUUCUCUUAACCCAGCAAUGAGUACCUCUUGUCGUCUUGGGCAGACAUAUCCUUUAGGUGUGUUUUGGAAAGAGGAACUCAAAACAAAAGAGAUGUGCUGCUGCAAAUGUUUAAUUUUAUAUAGAAUUAUACUACAUUUAUUAUCACAUUUUCCACAUUUGUAUUUUCUCAUAUGCUUUUUUUCUUCUCUUUUUUUUUUCUAAAUUAUGGAUUGCACAUAUCAAAUUAUAUCCGUUAGGCCGUCAUCUCAGUGUGAACAGAUAAUUUGAGGCAGCAUUUUCAUCCACGAUAGUGUUCUUGAUAUUUUACGUUGAUUAUAUCUCCCUGUUUAAAUUAAAAUGUGACAUUUAAAAAAACAAUAUCCCCAAGUGAAGUGUUAAAAAAUAUCAGUGUAUAAAUGUGCAGAAACCAAGGAUGACUUCUUGUACAUUGUAAAUCACCUGAAUUUUGUUUUCAUAGUACAGUUUUUUUUUUUUUUCCAGAAGCUCCGCUGCCUUAGUUUAAACGCUUAACCUUUAAAACAUCUUGAUUUGAAAGUGAUUAAAACGACUGUUAAAUGUU